UUGCCGGAUAUGUCAACGUCGUUCAGCGUGUUCUGUGGUUCGAUGGUGGUUCGCCUCUACGGGCGCGGGUAACAUAAAGACCCGUGUUUGCGUCUUCAUAGUGAAUCGCAGUUGUGCUAGUUAUGCAGUUCUGAAUUGAACUAUCAGGCAUGGAGAACCCCACACCGGAAGAAAACGCGCCCCGAUGCGAUCUGCUGGAAAAUGACCCAGCUGUGCUUCAGAAGGCCAUUGCAAACGUACAGCGAGAAGUCUCCCGAAAAGAGGACAUCUUGCGGCAGCUGAACAUAGUAAAAGCACACAGGAAAAAGAACGAGGAGGAGCCCAUCGUUGAUCUGAUUGACCAGUGGCGCUCAGCAGCACAGCAAGCAAUCUUGGACUUUCAACAGCACAUGGCUGAACCAAGGCCAGGCCUGAAAGAUAUCCUUUCCAACUUUCAAAUUGAACACUCUGUUAUUGGCUACAGCGAAGAUGAUGAUUGUUUUGUAUAACCAAAGCCAAGCUGGAUGUUAUUUUCAAUUUUCAAGUUGAACCGUUAUAGUUACUAUAUAGUUACUAUAUAGUCUGUUGUGAAAGUGGCAAUUUGUUUUGUGAAACUUGGUUUACGUAAACUAGUCACACGUUUUAAAAUAAAUUGUACUUGUACUGUU